AUGUGUCACUUGUUCAAGCCUGACCCUUGUCUGACCUGCAUAUACGAACAUGACAGAUUCAUAUGGCAUUCUGAUUGGCUGAGUAGUGGCUCAGGGUGCGAGACUGUUUUCAAUCCAGCUUCGUAUAUCGUGCUCAAAAAGCUACCGCACAAUUGUCAGAGGAGUUCGGGCGUGAGAAAGACAUACUAUACCUGUCAAAUAACUGCUCUCGAGAAUAGGAACACGAGUAGAUAUUUCCGCCCUAUGCGGCCUCCUCGACGACGAUUAAGUAUCGAUGGACCGCUUUUGCCCUUUCUCGCUCUUGAGGGCAGUUUUUCAUUUACCAUAGUCGAUCAAGCCAUAGCGAAAUUUGACUUGCCGCCUAGGUUUACCGCCUGGGUUUACCGCCUGGGUUUACCGCCUGGAUCUCGUCCAUGCUUCGUGAAUCGAUAUUUAACAAAGCCGAAGCCGCCAUCCCCGCAGUGGAUCUCUACACUGUUGUCGCACAUGAUUCGAAAUGUCGACAAACAUCGACAUCAAACCGGAGCCCAAGGCCGCUGCCAUUCCCCACACGCCCGAAGCUGGCGACCCGUACUAUAUGGGAACUUGCUAUGA